CUCUCUUCCCCUCCAGGAAGCAGGGUGAUCACAGGCGGACGAUGGAGCAAGGCAGCAGCCACUUGGAGGACUCCCCUCUCAACGUGUUUUCCGUCACUCCUUACACACCCAGCACUGCUGACAUCCAGGUGUCCGAUGAUGACAAGGCAGGGGCCACCUUGCUCUUCUCAGGCAUCUUCCUGGGACUGGUGGGGAUCACGUUCACCGUCAUGGGCUGGAUCAAAUACCAAGGUGUUUCCCACUUUGAAUGGACCCAGCUCCUUGGGCCCAUCCUGCUGUCAGUGGGGGUGACAUUCAUCCUGAUUGCUGUGUGCAAGUUCAAAAUGCUCUCCUGCCAGGUGUGCAAGGAAAGUGAGGAAAGGGUCCUGGAUUCGGAGCAGACGGCAGGAGGACAAUCAUUUGUUUUCACUGGUAUCAACCAACCCAUCACCUUCCACGGGGCCACUGUGGUGCAAUAUAUCCCUCCUCCUUACGGUGCUCAAGAGCCCUUUGGGAUGAACACCACCUACCUGCAGCCAGUGGUGAACCCCUGUGGUCUCAUACCACCUGGAGGGGUGGUGAGCACCACGCCAAGCCCUCCGCAGUACUAUACCAUCUAUCCUCCAGAGAACGCUGCAUUUGUUGGUGACCAAGACUACCCUUCCUUUGUGGCCGGUGGAAAUGACAGAUCCAGCCCUGAUGCUGACCAGCUAGAAGAGACACAGCUGGGAGACGAGGACUCCGCCUGCUUCUCUCCUCCCCCCUAUGAGGAAAUAUACUCCCUCCCUCGCUAG